AUGUUGACCAUGAGAGCACAGAUGGAUGUGAUCUGCUGUAAAUCAGUAGGAACGGAUCUGUCCAUGCUGGAUAUUGAGGAUUUCAUCACUGAAAUCUGUCAGCUGAAGAAAGAGGUGGCGUCACUGGAGGCAAAGCUGAGAGAAAGAGGAGACAAACCCAACAGAGAGGAUCUGGAGAAGGUUUCAGUGUGUGUGACUGAUGGGCCAGAAGCUCAGGAUUCAGUCUGGAGAUCCAGAGACACACAGGACUCAGAGCUCAGCCUCACUUUACUGUGUUAUACUGACGCUCAGGAUCAUGGAUCCGCUGAUCAAACCUCUGACUGUAACGCUGGAGAACAGCAGAUGAAGAUGUGCUCCGUCAAACUGGAGGACUGCAGGAACCUGAUAGAGAGACGAGGAGAAGAAACCACAGCAGAGGAACAACAACAGAGCCAUGAGGAGGAGGAGGAGGAGGAUCAGAAUAAUGAGGAUGAUGAAGAUCAGAAUAAUGAUGAGGAUGAUGAUGAGUUUAUUCCUGCAGGUGUGUUUCUUUCAUGAUCUUUUG